GGCACGGAUAAAGUGGCAGGCGUUUUCCCCUCUCGUCUUAGUUUUCUAUUGUCGUUUUGCAGGAAGUUACAAAACGCAGCAGCUCAACGUUGUUGGAAGUUUCAAGAAGGUGUGAAUGGAAGAAACAUUAUUAAUUGAUGACGUAUUUGACGUUCUUUUAUGAAUGAAUCACCUCGAUCAAGGUUUCAAAACAAUUCAGAGUUGCUGACGCCUGGGAAAGGAAUAAGUGGCAACUAUCACAGAUAGUUGCCAUAUACGGUCUGUAAACUAACAAUCCCGCCAACCGCCGAGCGGCCGAGGAGCCGUAGCCUUCAGUUUGUGUGUUAGCAGUGUAGAAGUUGACUUUUAGUAAUUCUAUGCAAGUAUGUAGAAAUAAUUGCCAUAGCAUUAAAAAAAUCAGCCAUAAUGAAAUAUUUAUCGACAAUCGAUGGCAUUGCCGCUGUUGAAAGGAAGCAGUGUUUGUGUUGCUUUUAGACCCUGGACUUUUACUUGAAGUAUCCUCACCCCCUCCCCUACCCCAAUAUAUUUCUGAACAUGCAAGUGUUUCGGAGUACUGAGAUCAUUACGCACUGCCUGUCGUAAGUUUACGUGAUGACUUGUAUUUACUUCAGUGACGUCAUUCAGGCAGAGGCGUCAAGAAUCAAAGUAAUAUAAGUGAUGAACCGGGUGAAGGACGUUAGUGAAACUUAAAAUGACCCGACGAGCCGCCAGAAGACGAAGGAUGAGACGGAGGAGACAGAGAAGGACCAGAGCUAGAAGACGGGGACGUUCCUCGAGGAAUAGCGAGCCCGUAGACUGCUCAUGUUUCGGCCAAAUGAAUGACAGCGUUCCCAGUGACAACCGCUCUAAAAGGGCGUUCUUCAUCGGAGGCACCUGCUGCAUUGCCAUCGGAGUCAUGUUUUUCUUCAUCAGUGAUGAGACUGACGGAUCCAUGAACAUCAAUGGAUUUGUAUUCUUUGUCGCUGGAGUUAUCAUGCUUGCGUGUCUGAUAAGGAUUCUGGCUCGCUCUGACAAGGCGCCCUUAGGCUAUCAUGAUGGCCUGACCGGCGUCACAGUCGAACAACCCCGUUCCAGUCAGCUGCAUCCUCCGCCAAUUCCAGCCCAUUCACCUGGGGCCCUACCCCCACCGAGUAUUCCACCUCAUGCAACUGUGUUGGGACAACCGCCGAUGGUUCCACCUCACGGGACUGGCACGUUUCUUCCUUCUCCUGCAGGAACCGGCCCGUCUCAAGUGAGUCGAGUAUCUGUACAUUAUCCUGGUGGUGGUCCUCAGGUGGCAGGAUACCCUCCAACGUUUAUCGGGCAGACUUCGAGGAACCCUUCUCCUGUCAGCUGGCGAACUUCAAGAAAUCUUUCUCCCGCUAGCGGGCACAAUUCAAGGAACUCUUCUCCUGUUGGGGGGCGGGCUUCAAGAAAUCCUUCUCCUGUUGGCGGGUGGACUUCAAGAAAUCCUUCUCCCGUUAUCGGGCGCAAUUCAAGGAACCCCUCUCCUUUUAUCGGGCGGCCCUUGCCAGACCCACCCUCCGACAGGAAUCGGCCGACUGUUCAGGGCGGAGAUCCACCACCAUACACUUCCGUAGUGAGUGCGAAGCCUUGGGUGGAUCCUCCCUCAUACCAGGAAGCAUCCUCGUGCCUCGUGCCAAGAGCAGAUACCAACGGAGCCCCUGCGCCCUCCGCUCCUGAUAUUUCCAUUGCGGUUGAGCAAUACCCCUCUACAUCCCCGCCUACAUCGGCUGAUCCUGCAGGCCCUCCUUCAGAUAGGAAUCCUAACGAAUCGGAACAUCCUCCGUCGGCGCCUCUUCUCCCAUGACCUCUACUUUCUUGAAAUCACGGAACAGUGAAAGUUUUGGUGCUGCUUUUCUUAGGAAUGCUGUGACGUCACAGGUCAGUGGAACAUGUGAAGCUUCGAAUGAUGUCAGCUAAGUUGUGAUGUCUCAGUCGCUGUAACAAAUGUUAUGAUCUUAACUUACAAGUAGUAACUAGGAUACAGAGUAUUUUUCUUGGAAGUUGAUGAAGUUUCAGAAGUUUUGUUGUCAGUUAAAGUAGCUCUUUUAAGUCAGUAGUGUUCAGAGGACAACCGGUUGCUACUGGAUAUAGCAGCUUGAUAAUUAGUUUGAAGUGUGCGGUCAUCUUGUAGGAGUAAAGUUUAAAAUAUUUUUCAACUGUCGGUGAAAGAUGGCUGCACUUUUUGCAUUUAGUAACUGUAACAGAGUUAUAUUUAUACUUCCAUUUUAUAUUAUUUUAUGCAAAAACACCCUUCAUGAAUACUGCCAAAUCAAAAUAAAUUUUUUAAUCAUUUCUA